AUGAAGAAUGACCUCCACAAGACCUUUGGCGAAAUCUUCAAUAACGACAUUGACGCAUUCCGUAAUCAACUUUUAGAGAUUCAAAAGUAUCAAUGUGACCGAAAGGAGUCUGAAAAGUGGGCAGAAAACCUGCGCUUCCUUGACAUAUCAAAAGUUCCAGACUUGCAGGCCGAACGGUUGAAGCAGGAACGUCUUUGCUCUCAGUCAAAAGAGAAGGAUCCGCUCUUUGAACGAAUACCACCAUCCUACGAUGUCCCUAUAACAAAACGCGAAGACGACAAUGGCGAUAGGUAUAUUGCCGUCUCUUAUAAAUGGCCUCAGGCUCGCCCGAAAGCCGUCUCUAGCACUAUGAACCCGCCUGUGUUCCGCUACCAGAUCAAACGGCCAGAUAAAAAGUCCCACAAAAGUGGAUUUCCGGAUCAUUACAUGGAUCGGGUUGUUCGAUAUGCACAAAGUGUCAAGAUGACGAGACUAUGGGUGGACAUAGAGUGCAUAUACCAACGACCGGAAGACAAGCGCACGUCGCCGAAAGACCAGGAGCUUGGUGUCCAGAUCAUGGACAUGGUUUACGGUGAUAGCACGCAUUCCGUUGGCAUACUAACUGUCGAGAUCCAAGACCAACGCGAAAUCGAUAUGCUCUCCAAUCUGCUUUCCAAAUCUCUUUUUGUCGAUCCCAACGAUGAGGACGAUCUAAAACUGCGACCCGAAGUUGAUGUCACUGCCGUGCAGAUGCUAAUUCUUCACAUUCUCAGCGAUCCCCGCUGGUCGCGCGGCUGGAUCUUCCAAGAAGACCAUCUUGCUUCUCAAAAGAUGGUAUUACUCAUCCCAUAUAAUCCGCGCCUCGAAAAGAGCGGUCAAUACCCCUUUGGGAAAAUACCAGGCGAGCUUCAGGUAAAGCUCAAAGAUUUCCGACAAACUGUGACGAUGUUUUGUCGAGCGUGUACCACGGGUGAAGUGCGAUGGCCCUGUACCGAGAUCUUAGCAAAAGUGACGCAGUACAACAUUUGCAACAAGAUCAUUCAUAAUGUGGAAUUUGUAGCGCAACAACCGUAUGUUCCGCGUCCUUGGGAUGUCGAGUCUAGUUUCGGUAGUGAGGCUAGCAAGUCCAGCACGCAGUCCGACCCCUCUAAGAUGUACUCGUACCCAACUACGACUGCAAGCGUACUCGAUGACAUUAGUAGCCGCUGCUUAGAAAAAGAGUCGGAUAGGAUCGCCAUACUCGCCAACGCUUUGAAGAGUAAGAAGCGGCUCAAUACUAGAGAGGGGUCGCCUUUGAUUGAAUCUGGGACCUACAGUCUCUCUGCCGCUCUUCUCACCGUCAUCUUGCUGAAUGGAGAAAUAUUUAAGAAUGUCCCAGGGCUUUCAGUCAAAUGGCCGUUGCUUGAUCGCUCAUCUGAAUUUCCUACUGAAGCCAACAUUCUAAGCCACACACUACCGUCAUACCUCAACGCCUGCCAAUCUCUUUUCACCGCCCCGGGUCGGAUACGUCAUCAAACUUUUAUCGAUCGGUGUCGCUUUGUAUCGCCAAUCAUCACGGACCGUGGAAUCGAGACGAAAGGAUAUCUUUUCGACUUGUUAUCCGACGAGCAAUUAGACAAUGAGGGGACUCGAUCUGAUCUACUUCUUCUCACGGAGUUGGACGCGGUGAAUUGGUCGCCCCCCGAGCGGAAGACUGGAAAGCGCAAACUUGAUGACGUUGCUUGCCAGGUGCUUGGAAUACUUAUAGACAAGCUGGACGGAUCGUGGCCGAAUAAUACACUUGUCAAUCAUAUGCGUAGAUAUAUCGAGUUGGACCAGCACCCGCCGCGCCUAGGAGAAGGAUAUGUAUCCACGUCUUACAUACUGGAUAAUAUGUAUGCGAUCUAUCGAGCUCUUAUAGACAAGCAGGAGAUUCGCCUUGCACGACUUGCGUCCGCGCCUCCAGGUGCAGAGCCGGUCGCUCUUUUCAUCCGGCCUGGGGAGUAUGUGGGAACCAGUCAGUCAACUGGUUAUCUUCCUCACGACGAGCCAGUAAAGGUUUUUGCAAGUUUCGACAACGGUCGGCAUGACUACGACAAAGAGCGGCUGGUGAGUCUGAGGGUUGAUGUAUACGAUGAUAUUGGCGUUACAAAAGGCCGGGACCGACGACAUCGCUGCCUAAGAAAUUUGGGUUGGGUCAAUGGUAUUUGGGCUGUUCAUGGCGAGAAGAUGGAGACAUUUGUUUUUCCACUGCCGGGAAUUACGAAAGAGGGUGGUGAUGAGCGAGAGGUGAAGAGCAAUGCGGGAAAGAAGAGAAAGAGAAGACAGGAUGACUAG